GUGUCCAGUACCCUGCUCAGGGCAACCUGGGGGAAGGGACUUGGUCUCCACAGUGCUCCCAUCUGCGAACCUGGGCCCCUUGGCUCCCGCGCUCCAGACCUGGACGAGGGAGUCCUGGGAGGAGAGAGGGGCCCUCCCGUUACGCCCGCCCCGCCCCGCCCGGCGCGCACCGACUGGUCUCUCUAGGCGGCGGCGGGAGCGCUCCAGCAGCGCAGAUCCGAGCGGAGUCAGCCGCUCAGCGCCCUCGCACACCCGGCCCUCCCGCCCCGCGGCCCCUCCCGCCACGGCCGCCGCCACCCCCAUUGCAGUCCGUGCACUCCUCGCGCGCCCGGGGCAUGCUCCUGGUUCCUGCGCCCGGCCUCGGCGGCGGAGAGCUGCACUACCCGCCCGCGGAGACAUGAGGCACCGCCCGGGGGCCUCCCUGGCCCUGGGGCUGCUGUUCCUCUGCCUGGCCCAGGCCAACUUCGCCCCCCACUUCUUCGACAACGGGGUCGGCAGCACUAACGGAAACAUGGCCCUGUUCAGCCUCCCAGAGGACACCCCUGUAGGUUCCCAUGUGUACACCCUGAAUGGGACAGACCCUGAGGGAGACCCUGUCUCCUACCACAUCAGCUUUGACCCCAGCACUAGAAGUAUCUUUUCUGUGGACCCCAAUUUUGGAAACAUCACCCUGGUUGAAGAGCUAGACAGAGAGAAGGAGGAUGAAAUUGAAGCCAUCAUCAGCAUUUCCGACGGCCUGAAUCUGGUGGCAGAAAAGGUCAUGAUCCUGGUGACUGAUGCCAAUGAUGAGGCGCCCAGGUUCAUCCAGGAGCCCUAUGUUGUUCAGGUUCCUGAGGACACACCUGCUGGGAGCAGCAUCAUUAAGGUCCAUGCAGUGGACAAGGACACAGGUUCUGGAGGAAGUGUCACCUACUUCCUGCAGAGCAUGCACUCCGCCAAGUUUGCCGUGGACCACCACAGCGGCGUGCUGCGCCUCCGGGCUGGGAGCGCUCUGGACUACGAGAAGGCCCGGGCCCACUUCCUCAUAGUGGUUGCCAAGGACGGUGGAGGGAGGCUGCGAGGGGCUGACGUGGUGUUCUCAGCCACCACCACGGUCACAGUCAACGUGGGGGAUGUGCAGGACAUGGCCCCUCUCUUUGUGGGCACACCCUACUAUGGCUACGUGUAUGAGGACACCUUCCCGGGCUCAGAGGUACUGACUGUGGUCGCCAUGGAUGGAGAUAGGGGAAAACCCAACCACAUUCUCUACAGCCUUGUGAAUGGGAGUGAUGGAGCCUUUGAAAUUAAUGAGACGUCUGGAGCCAUCUCCAUCACCCAGAGCCCUGUCCAGCUCCGGAGAGAUGUGUAUGAGCUGCAUGUACAGGUAACUGAGGUCAGUCCUGCAGGGAGCCCAGCUGCCCAGGCCACGGUCCCAGUCAUCAUCAGAAUCGUAGACCUCAACAACCACCCGCCUACAUUCUAUGGAGAGAGUGGACCCCAGAACAGAUUUGAGUUGUCCAUGUAUGAGCACCCGCCUCAGGGGGAGAUCCUGCGGGGCCUCAAGAUUACUGUCAACGACUCAGACCAGGGAGCCAAUGCCAAAUUCAACCUGAGGUUGGUGGGGCCCGGGGUUAUCUUCCGAGUGGUCCCACUGACAGUCCUGAAUGAAGCCCAAGUCACCAUCAUUGUGGAGAACUCGGCCGCAAUUGACUUUGAAAAGUUCAAAGUGUUAACCUUCAAGCUCCUGGCCGUUGAAGUGAACACCCCAGAGAAGUUCAGUUCCACAGCGGAUGUUGUGAUCCAGCUCCUGGACACCAACGACAAUGUCCCCAAGUUCACCUCCCACUACUACAUUGCCAGGAUCCCCGAGAAUGCCCCGGGUGGCUCCAACGUGGUGGCUGUCACAGCUGUGGAUCCAGACACAGGUCCCUGGGGCGAAGUCAAAUACUCCAUCUAUGGGUCUGGGGCAGACCUCUUCCUGAUCCACCCAUCCACUGGGAUCAUCUACACCCAGCCCUGGGCCAACCUGGAUGCUGAGACUACUGCCAGGUACAACUUCUAUGUGAAGGCAGAAGAUAUGGAGGGCAGGUACAGCCUGGCUGAGGUGUUCAUCACUCUGCUGGAUGUCAAUGACCACUACCCCCAGUUUGGAAAGAGCAUCCAGGAGAAGACAAUGGUGCUGGGCACCCCAGUGAAAAUUGAGGCCACAGACCAGGAUGCAGAGGAGCCCAACAACCUGGUGGACUAUUCCAUUACCCACGCAGAACCAGCCAAUGUGUUUGACAUCGAUGCACACACAGGGGAGAUCCGGCUCAAGAACUCCAUCCACUCCCUGGAUGCCCUGCGCAACAUCACAUCCAACAGAGAUGGCACAUGGUCCCUAGAGGUGCAGGCCAAGGACCGCGGCUUCCCAUCCUUCAGCACCACAGCCUCACUCAAGAUUGACAUCACAGACACUGAGAUGCUGUCCCGAAGCCCCAUGGCCACCUUCCUGAUGCAGACCAAGGACAACCCCAUGAAGGCUGUGGGCGUGCUGGCAGGCAUUGUGGCCAGCAUCGUGGCCAUAACCAUCCUCAUCUCCACCGCCACCUUCUGGCGCAACAAGAAGUCCAACAAGGUCCUGCCAGUGCGACGUGUGCUCCGCAAGCGGCCCAGCCCUGCACCCCGCACUGUCCGUAUUGAGUGGCUCAAGUUCAGGAGGACCAGGGCCGCUAACAAGUUUGAGCUCAGGGAGGAGCCUCCCCACGAGAACUGCAACAAACACAGCCCAGGAGGCACCAUGCCCCCAGCCCCGGCUCCCCCUCCACCCACCAGAAUGGCGCCCAGCACCGGUGUGACCCUCUGGACUGUGCCUACAGUCUCGGGCUCACUCACCCUUCAGCAACCCCAGCGGCCACCCAAACCCAAGGCCUUGGGGAGCCCCAGCCAGUCAGCUCUGGUCUCGGAGCUCAGGCAGAAGUUUGAGAAGAAGCAUGGAGAUGAGAAGGCUUACUUCUAAAGUGUGUCCUGUGGCCCCUUUCUUCCCCCCCAACAACCACCCUGUUGGUUUGGGCCAUGCUCCCCACUACCUGCUCCUUACGGUCACUCCUGUCUUGCACAAUGGUGUGACCCCCAUAUCCAAGGCUCUGGACAGCACCUUGGGCAAGGGAUUUCUCUGGUUAUGGGAUGCAGUUGGCAAACGCUUCCCCAUCACCUACAUCCUUGGCACAACUGUGUGGUUCCCCAUUCCUCAGAGGCUGGAAACAGACAAAGAGCCAGCUCUAUGUGUCUUCUACUUACCAAGCCCAGACUUAACAGUCCCUUGGGUACCCCUGGGGCCUCAGCAUCCUUAGUCAAGGAGUAGAGCCCGGGCCACAUGUGACAAGGCCUCCUAGGUUGUGAAUCUUAAAGUCUCUGGCUAAGAGCAGGAGCAGGAAAGGUUGGUUUAGUCCUGGCUGAGGCUGGAGAUCAGCGAACCUUGCAGGCUGUAGGAGAGCAAAUGCAUCAGGGGAGGGCAAAGAUGCACUGAAAACUCAGCUGACUGGGACUGGGACUGAAAGCCAUCGGGAAGAUGGAUGCUGGUGUCCGGGCAGAGACUUUGGUCCCCUGCUGUGCUCACAUGGAACCAGGAGCACAGAGGUCCAAGAUGACGAUGCAAGAAUGACAGCAGAUGGCCUCAGCCAGGGCUGCCAUGGGCCCAGAAAUGUCCAAGCUGGAGCCACAGUGGUAGCCCUAGAAGUUUCCAGAAGAGCAUCAAGGCCCCCCUCUAGGGAGCUGUCCCACCAGAAGUCCUUGAAGUGACAGUGAAGGGCUGAGGUCUGAGGAGACUUCCAUUUUUAUCUGGCUCUUCUGCUCACGUGGCAUAAGCUUGGGAAAGCUGUUCAAACCCCCUGACCACUCUCUUCUUCAUCUGUAAAAUGAAAAGAGUAAGUCCUGGCUGCCUCACUCACAGGCCUAAGGUGAGGAUUGAAAUACUAUGUGAUGAUGAGGGCUUUAGCCAAGCACAAAGCAGCGCAAAUGUGAAGUAUUUUUCUGCAGCCCCAUUCUCUGGGAUGCAGCUCUUCCACAAAGUAUUAGGAGCCUCUCAUCUACUCUGCCAUGCACCCCAAGGGGGCACUGUGCUGCAUUUGGGUCUGGCCCACAUCCCGGGCAGACAGAGCUGGACGAGGGCGUUGCCCUAGACACACGCCUCCCUUUGCGUUCUCCACCACAGACCCAGUGUGGCCCUGGCUGACCACCGCCAGAGAGGACCAGAGCUAAGCAGCACAUCCAGCCCAAACGUCCCUUUUGCCAAGAGGAUGAAAACACAUUCCCAAGAGAGGAGGGGUUGCCUGAGGCCAUACAGCGGGUUGGUAGCAGGACCUGGUCAGAAGGCUCCCCACCCCAGGGGAUUUCCCUUUAUUCAGGCACACCUCUUCAGCUUGUGACAACCUCCCCCAGGAGAGGAGACAUGCAGGCCUCUAUGAUUAUGCCAAGGAGUCCUCCCCGGCUCUAAGGAAACCUGCUGUGAGGAAAUCUGGAUAUGUACAGAGAGAAAGGAGAGCAGAUCUUCAUAUUUCCCACCAUUCACUUACAGCUCCUCUAGAAUAUGUGGGUGAUUUUAUUUUAACAAAUUGUAUGCAUGUAUGGUUUCUUGAUUUCUAAGUCUGAGUUUUGAGGUUACUCACAUAUAAUGAAUAUACAGGAACUUUGCACCCUGUGGUUUAAGAGAGGGCUGCCUUGGACCAUGUUUGCCCUCCACAGGGAAUACAGCAUCCUUACAACCUGCAUGCAGUCAACUUCUUUUGUAAAUGGUAAAUAAAAUCUGUUAACUAAGGG